AGCUGGCCCAGAGCGUGGCCCACCUGAGCGACGCCCUGAAACGCAGCGAGGCCGAAUGCCAGGAGCAGCGGGCCAGGGCAGGGCGCUGUGCCCGGGAGCUGGCGGGGCUCGCGGGGUGCUGCCAGGAGCUGCACGCCCGGCUGUGGGAGCAGGGCCAGGAGGCCGAGGGGCUGCGGGCAGCGCUGGGGGCGGCGCUGCGGGCGCGGGACCAGCUGGAGGCCCGGUGGGUGCAGGAGAAGCAGCUGGAGGCGCAGAGGGUGAACGAGACCAACGCCCGGGAGGAGAGGUAUCGGGACCAGCUGUCACGCCUUCGCCAGAAGCUGGAGAGGAUGCGGCUGGGAGGAUCGGCUGGGUAACGCCCCCCCUGCCCUGGCACGCCCCCCCCCCGCCCUCCUUCCACCCCCCUGCCCUGGCAUGGCCCCCCCUUUAUCAUGAGCACCACCCCGUCCCCGAGAUAUCCUGCACUCAGAUUCCCACCACCCCCCCGUAACCUCCCCACGCCCUGCCCAGCUGGGCUGGCGGCAGCUUGGACACCCCACCCCACCCCAGACACAGCUGCAUUUGGGGGCCUGGUGAGCAGCACCCCCUCCUGGGCAGGCCGAGGGAGGGGCAGGAGGGGCUGGGUGUGUACCCCCAAAUUAACACCCUUCCCCCACCCAGACCCCCCAGGCUGGGCAUGGAGCUGGUGACGAGCGAAAACACAUCCUGCGAGGAGCUGGUGAGAGGAG